AUAGGUUCUUUAGAGCAAGUAAAUUUGUUACAAAGAGUGUAAGUUUGGGAAAAAUUAUUACCUCAAUUGUUCUUGGUAUUUCUGAUUGGCCGGCCCGGAGUGAAGGUUACGACCGCACAGACACAGGUUUAACAAAGAGUUGUUCUAUCACAAAGGCGACUGGGACAGAUAUUUUUUCUGUUGGAAGCCAAACUAUGUUUUGGAAAGCCAUGUUGAGUUGGCCGGCUAGAAUAAAACAUAAUAGGUUAUACCGUCAAGAACAGGAGAAUGUCCGUUGGAUGAUAAUUCCUCAGACCCUACGCAUCUGGCGUUUUUUAGAAUUACCUAUCCUUCAAUUAGAAAUUUGGUAUAAAGAGUGUAAGUUUGGGAAAAAAUUAUUACCUCAAUUGUUAUUGGUUAUACCGUCAAGAACAGAAGAAUGUCCGUCGAAUGAUAAAUUUCUUAAACCCUACGCAUCUGGAGGUUUAGAAUUACCUAUCCUUCAAUCAGAAAUUCGUUACAAAGAGUUAUUGGUUGGCCGGCCUCGGAGUGAAGCACAGAUUUACCAAAGAGGUGACAAUUGUUUUGAUAUUUCUUGUACGAACGAAGG